AUGUCGGCCAAUGUCGCCCACAGUUCUAAGCCAGGAAUAUCUGGUCAAGAAUUUGAUAAAUGCGUUGAAAGAGAGGACAGAAGGGAAGAUGAUUCAACCUUCUUAAAGAUGCAACAAAGCUAUUGGGAAGCAAAACAAGCGUUUAUUAGUAAAUUAAGACGCAAAGAAGAUGAUUGUGUUGUCGCUUCUGAUGCACCUUUAGAUGCCAAAUUAGAGCUUUUCCGCUCUAUCGAGGAAACAUCUUGCUCUCUAUUAUGUAUAUUGGAAGGAUAUCAAGAUCGUCUCUGUACUUUAGCUCAUGAUGAAAAUACGACCGGAAGGUUUCUCAAAGAAUGUGGUAAAAUUGAUAAAACUCGAGCUGGUAAAAUGAUGACAGCCUCAGGAAAGACUUUAUGUUACACGGCUCAGCAAAGGAUUCAACUGAGAAAUCCUUUGGUUAGACUGUACCAAGAAGUGGAAACCUUUCAGUAUCGAGCUAUUGCUGACACCAUGAUGACCAUUGAGAAAAUGGAGAAGGCUCGUAUUGCCUACAGAGCUGCUCUUCUCUGGAUGAAAGAUUUGUCCCAGCAACUUGAUCCUGAUACAUACAAACAGUUAGAAAAAUUUCGCAAAGUUCAGGGUAAAGUUAGACGAACCAAGGCUCGUUUUGAUAAGCUCAAAUUGGACACCAUUCAAAAGAUUGAUAUGUUAAGUGCUUCUCGGUGUAAUAUGUUCAGCCACGCUCUAGUCUUGUAUCAGACAAAUUUUUCCACUUUCUGGGAAAAAACUGCCAAAGCAAUGAAAGCGAUUUCGGAUAAUUUUAAAGGUUAUCAACACUACGAGUUUAAUUUUCUUAAGGAUCUAACAGAGACUAGUAAAAAAUUGGCCCAAGAGGACAACAGUAGCUUCACUUUGGGUAAAAUACUUACCGAAGGACAAGCGGAUAAAGAUUCACUUAUUUUCUUUGGUUCGGAGUAUCAUGAUGAAGAUGGUGCGAGCGGUGAACCUGAUGGUGGUAAAUCAGCUCAUUCCAAUCACCAUAAGAUAAUUGAUCCAAUUGGAAAUACCGAUGACGAUGAUGAUGUUAAGCUAAUAGAUAUGGAUCUCUUCCAAUUGCCAAGUGAACCGGGUAGAAAGCAACGAUUUCAAGACCUUCUCGAUUCCCAACCUCGAUCAGAUGAUGAGAAUAUACUGAAUGAUAUUUUCUCAAUCCAGUCUAUCAAAGAACAAGCAAUCCCACAACCAUCUUCCUCAUCAUCGAUUGACAGUUUUUUCCCGAGUCAUCUCAUGGAAUUAAGUAAACAAGUAUCAUCCAAUUUAAUGGCUUCUGGAUCAACCUCAGCUCCUGAUAGUAGCUCAUCUGAAGGAAAGAACAAAUCCAAAAAUUCUGGGUCAAAUCAAACGAAGGACAAUAAGAGAGCCGAUUGGUUCAAUCUCUUUGCUGAACUUGACCCACUGGCCAAUCCGGACGCCUUAGGUUCCAAAGGAAAGGAUGACGAAAGAAACUGCUGA